AUGUGGCCUCCGCCCGACAACUCAGGGGCCUUCCUGCCCGAGUACAAGGCAAAGGGUAUCGUCGAGCAGGAUCCCUUUGUGAGCCUGGAUCAGGAGGGCGUUGGCGAGCUGAUCCAGAUCGCAGUGGAGCGCGGUCGCCGCAGCCGUUCGGGCAUGAAGAUGGGCAUCUGCGGAGAGCACGGAGGCGAUCCGGCUUCAAUCGAGUUCUGCGAGAAGACGGGUCUGGAUUACGUCUCUUGCUCGCCCUUCCGCGUGCCCAUUGCUCGCCUCGCUGCAGCCCAAGCGGCAUUGAAAUCCCAGGGCGAGAAGGCUCUCCAGGCCUCCACGAAGGCUGCCCGCCCCAGGCAGCAACAGUUCGGCCCCUGGUGA